AGGGCCGGCGGCGCGGCAAUUAGUAACAAAUCGAGGUGGUUGUAGGAAAGAUGUAGUGAGAUGAGUUGCGAAAAAGAUAAUCUUGAGGUCACUAGUGAUAUCCUUGCAGCUUGAGCUUCUUGAGGUUUCCUCCAGAGAAGUAUCUUUGUAACUACUAGUUUACAAGAACCACGGCAUCAUCAAGUUCCUCAGAUUAAGACAACAUGGACCGUGCUUUGUUGAACAAGGCGACUCAGCCCGACCAGAAUCCAGUUACUGGCGUGGAACUGGUCGAAAUUGCCAAGCUCACUUUUCAGACCUUCGAGGCAACUGAGCAGCUGGUCGAUUACCUGAUAAACAAGCUGAAAAAGGACAAUCCAUGGGUCAAACAGAAAUGCUUGCGCAUCAUCAGGCAUGUUUGCGAGAACGGAAAGCCGGAAUUCAGGAGAGGGAUGCAAAGGCAUGCAUCAGUGGUGAAGGAGAAUCUGCAGUAUAGAGGUAGUUCUUGUUAAGAAGGGCCUGCUGUGGUUGUAUAACUUGUAAUUCCUACAAACAGGAGGGGAGCAUUCCAAUCGGAAUGUCUGAAAGCUUAUCAUCAAGAAUCUGAAUCAAGUACUAUUGAAGAAGACGUCUACCUUGUUCUUUUACUACUUCUUCUCCAUCUUUUAAAAGGUAAGCCCGAUCCCUUACGUGGUGACGCACCGAAUAAGGCUGUUAGAGAAGAGGCCGAACAAGCAGUGAAAGCUGUUUUUAGCGAAUCUUCAUCGUAAUGUCUAUAAAUAUUUAGUAUGCUUUUUUUUUUCGUCCACAAAGAAUGACUCUGAGUUCGGUAGAAGUUACUUCGUUCUCAUCAUCGGACUUUUUUACUGUUUUUUUCUGGAGCUACUUACUCACAUUGAGCUACUAACUUACUAACACUCUUCAUCUUUUAUUCCUCUCGUCUUUUAUCUCACUUCUCCUUCCACUUUUACAAAAUAGUUUCGGUCAAAUGCCGCACCAAGUGGCGCCAAAAAUGGCGGGCUUUGGCUCGGAUAGCCAAGGUCCUUUCGCACCGCCACCGCCACCGCCGCCUAGUGACUCCUUUGGAGGUAAUUUUGGAGGAGGUCCUCAACAAGGCUUCAACAGUGGAGGAGGCCCACCUUCAGCAGGAGGUACUAUGGGAGGAGGACCCUUUGGCGGAGGUCCGGGUCCUAAAAAAAUGGAGGGAUUUGGCAACCCAGCGUUUGAGAAUCGGAGGCCUACGGUAGACCCAGUUACAGGACUGGCGGAGACUGGGAAUCCGACGAUUGAUAAGGUAUAUUCGACUUUGGCUUUUGAGAUCGUCUAUCUCUAUGCUUCACCUGCUUAUAAGACAACUUGUUCUUGUUGUAGUUAUCGUUCCUGGCCAUAAGAAUGUCAACAUUUACCAACGCGCAAUUUGCUACACAUACGAAUUCAAAUUUAAACCCUUCUACCAGGCAAAUGCGAUCAUCAAGUCGGGUGUGGAUGCUGGAGUCGAGUAUUUGAAGUAUGGAGCCAGCAGAGCAGUGACCUACCUCCCAGAUAGUAUGAAGGAGAGCAUUCCUGCAAACGUGCUCAACAAAUUCGGUACUACUUUUGUUUUAUUUUUUGACUUUGGACGAUUGAUACCCCGUGAUUCAUUGGGUACACUAGUACUCCUACUAUAAAUUCUUUCUUACUUGUUCUCUGGAAUAGUAAGUAGUUACAUUUGAAUUUAUGAUCAAAUUGAUUUUCACUGUGGUCCCAGAAUCAACAACAACAUAUUAAAACAUUCACUGGGACUUUGCAGGUACAACAAAUAGCGGUCCUGGCGGUUAUUCCAAUGACAGCGGACAAGGCGGGUAUCAGAAUCAUAGUGACAGUGGUGGCUAUUUUAGCGGUGGUGGAGGCUAUAGCGCACCUAGUGUAGGAGGUGGCGCUGGUGGCACGACUGCUGGAGGUAGUUAUAGCGCGCCUUCUAGUGGUGGUGGCUCAAGGCCUGGCGCUUUUGGUGGUGGAUCUGUUCCUUGGGGCAGUGCCACAACCUCUUCGACGACACAACAACCGUCUCCAAGUGGGUUCUUAGCACCAUCUUCUAACAACCAUCUAUCCUCUAGUCCAACCGGAACCGGCGCAAACGCGGGAGCAACAGGAGCAUCUUCCUCAUCCGAGGGUGGCAUCUACGAAAGGCAAUUAGUGCAAGACCUGUGUGCUCCAGGAGGGGCCAGGGUGGCGCCUGCACAGGAAUUCUUAGACGACUUCUUGAGGAAGUGCGAAUCGUUGAAUGCGGAACAGAUAUCUCAAAAUCUGCUACUCAUGCUGCGAACCGGGACGUGGCAGCAGAAGGCAAAGGUGUAGUUUACAAAAACCAUGGUGAUUUGAAUCUAUUCGGCAAGAUGCCUAAGAUUUCUUCGUAUUUACAAAGACCAUAAUUAUAUGCAAGAAUUAUUUGUGCUUAAAAUCCUGAAGUUAAUAUCUUCCAUAAGUACUACUUCCUCAAAAUGAGUCUUCGACCUUCCUACAGACGCCAAAAGGUUCCAACAACUUCCAACCUUUUCCCAAAAGGUUCUCUAUGCCGUCGACGCUUGCAUCGAGCGGCAGCUGGACGCAAUAACAGGGCACCUCUUAGAACAAGGCAGUGCGGACCUUGAGGGCUGCUUGCAGAUCCCUCAGACGAAGCAAAAAGCCUCAAAAGUUUGCACGAGUUUAGGCCUCACAGGCAGUGGGGGAACCACAACAGCGUCCACUCCAGGUAGCGCGGACGGUGGUGUAGAUCUUCUUGAUAUGGGUGGCGGUAACGAUGACUUGUUGGAUUCUGUUGUACAACAACCUGUAGUUGCAGCACCUCCUAGUAGACAAGCUCAAGCAGCUCCAGUCUCAUCCGGUGGAGCUGGUGGCGGAAUAGACGACCUCUUAGGCUUAGGAGAUUCAACUGCACAGCCAGCAAGUGCUGGAAUGAGUAUUAAUGUUGAUGGAACAAGUGGCACAAGAAAUGCGAGUACCUCAUCUAGCCCAAGUAAAACGCCUAACUCGAAUAAAGCAAAUAAAGGUGGCCUCUUUGGCAAUCUGAAUGUCAAAACGGCAUCAACCAGUAGUAGUAGUACCACUGCCAACGCUUCAAACGGUAACGGAUCUGGAGGUGCACUAGACUUGCUUUCCUUAGGUGGUGGUAGUCAAGCAUCCAACAUCAUGAUGCCGAACACAUCCCCUGCGCUAGGUACUAGCGCAGCCUCUAGUACCGACAUGAUGGGAAUGAACACGUCCCCUGCUCCUCCUAUGAUGGGGGGAGGAAAUAUGGGGAUGAAUAGUAUGAUGAACGGCAGCAUGAACAUGAUGAACGGCAGCAUGAACAUGCUGAAUGGCGUUGGGCUUGCAGUUGGUAUGAUGGGGGGCCAGCAAAUGGGCCAACCAAUGAUGAAUCCAUAUGGCGGUGCUGGAGGUAUGAACAUGAUGCAACAACAGUCUACUAGUGGCUUGCCAGAAGCUUUCGCAUUGGGCAGAGGGCAUCCUGGUAUGGGGAUCGGAGGUGGCAUGCAGAUGCAGAUGAAUCCUCAAUUUCCCGUUGCAACAAAAACGCAAAAUGCUCAAGCAAACGGAGGACCUCCAAGUGGAGCUAGUGGUGGAAGUGCUUUUGGCUUCCUCAACAGUGGGGGUGCAGCAAAUAAAGGUUCUAGUCCUGCUGCAGAACCGGAAGUAUCAGCGACGAAGAAAGACGCCUUCGGAACACUGUUGGAAAACACAUUGGCAGAUCUUUAGUACCAAGCGCCCGAUUUCGGAACACUGUUGGAAACACAUUGGCACAACUCCAGUACUUCUCCUAGACCCACAUCAGUACUUUUCUAGUCCCAUUCCCUUUUCUUUUCCAAUCAUUUUGAAUUUUUUCCUUAGAACACAACAACAAGGUUGGCCACAACAAAUAGGACUACUAUGAGCAAGAAGGAACUACAGGCCACUCAUUGAGAACGACUUUUGCAGCAAUUCUUGCUCUCUAUCAAUCAUGCUGAUGAUGGUCAACAAUGUAACUGGAACAAGUGGUUGACAUCUAGGUGGGUUAAGACAUCUACUGCUAAGUAAGAAGAAGAACGCUGUUUCCUCGAAG